GCUUCCAAGCUGUGAGCUAUGCAUAACAAUAACAACAACAGUACAGCUUCUGCGCCUUGUAAUUAUGUUAAUUUAACUUAAGGUUGAAUUCGUCGCACCAAAAACAUGGUUCGGUGUGACAUUUGACUUUCAACAAGCCUAUAAGAAAGCGACAGUUUCUUCAUCCAGUUAACAUUAGCGUUCUAAGUAACGUUAAGCAUUUGGCUAAAAUAGAGAGCGCGACGGAUAUAUCUAGCUAGCUAGCUACGGCGAUUUUCAAGCAAGGCCUGAAACAGUAACCAAAAGCGACAGCCAGGACAGCCUCUCCGAGAAAAGGGAAGGCAACACUAAAUUACUGAUUUAACUCUCACAGAAGAGCGUGUGUCCUUAAAAUGAGAGGUUCUUACGGAGACAGAGAUCGAGACCGUGGCCGUGACAGAGGGAGCCCUCGUUUCGGCUCCAGCAGAGGCGGCCCACCACCGGGUAGAAAGUUCGGGAACCCCGGGGACCGUUUGCGAAAGAAGAGAUGGGACCUGGAUGAGCUUCCGAAAUUUGAAAAGGACUUUUAUACUGAACAUCCGGAAAUACAGCGAAUGACUCAGUAUGAUGUUGAGGAGUAUUGCAGGAAGAAAGAAAUCACUGUUCGAGGUUCAGGCUGCCCGAAGCCUGUCACUACCUUCCAUCAGGCACAGUUUCCCCAAUAUGUAUUGGAUGUACUGAUGCAGCAGAAUUUCAAGGAGCCCACAGCCAUUCAGGCACAAGGUUUCCCUCUGGCCCUCAGCGGGAGAGACAUGGUGGGCAUUGCUCAGACUGGCUCUGGGAAGACCUUAUCGUACCUCCUGCCUGCCAUUGUGCACAUCAAUCAUCAGCCCUACUUGGAGCGUGGAGAUGGACCCAUUUGCUUGGUUCUGGCCCCCACAAGAGAACUGGCGCAGCAGGUCCAGCAGGUGGCAUACGACUAUGGAAAGUCGUCCCGCAUCAAAAGCACUUGUGUGUAUGGGGGUGCUCCCAAGGGACCUCAAAUCAGAGACCUGGAGAGAGGUGUUGAGAUCUGCAUUGCCACUCCAGGUCGUCUGAUUGACUUCCUUGAGGCUGGAAAGACCAACCUGCGAUGCUGUACAUACUUGGUUCUGGAUGAAGCCGACCGCAUGCUGGAUAUGGGUUUUGAACCCCAGAUUCGCAAGAUUGUGGACCAGAUCAGGCCCGACCGACAGACCCUGAUGUGGAGUGCUACCUGGCCUAAAGAGGUUCGCCAGCUGGCAGAGGACUUUCUGAAAGACUAUGUCCAAAUUAAUGUUGGAGCGCUGGAACUCAGCGCCAACCACAACAUCCUUCAGAUAGUUGAUGUCUGUAUGGAUAGUGAGAAGGACCAAAAGUUGCUCCAGCUGAUGGAGGAGAUCAUGGCUGAGAAAGAAAACAAGACCAUCAUCUUCGUGGAGACCAAGAAACGAUGUGACGAUCUCACACGCAGGAUGAGACGUGAUGGAUGGCCAGCGAUGUGUAUUCAUGGCGACAAAAGCCAGCCAGAGAGAGACUGGGUGUUAACAGAGUUUCGUAGCGGCAAGGCUCCCAUCCUCAUCGCUACGGACGUGGCUUCACGUGGUUUGGAUGUGGAGGAUGUCAAGUUUGUCAUCAAUUAUGACUAUCCCAACUCAUCGGAGGACUACAUCCAUCGCAUUGGUCGUACAGCCCGCAGCACCAACAAAGGCACCGCCUACACCUUCUUCACUCCGGGGAACCUCCGCCAGGCCCGCGAGCUGAUCCGCGUGCUGGAGGAGGCCCGCCAGGCCAUCAAUCCCAAACUGCUGCAGCUAGUUGAUACUGGACGGGGAGGAGGCGGAGGGGGUGGCCGGCUUCGUUUUCGUGGCAGCUCCAAUUCUAACAAUCCCAACCUGAUGUUCCAGGACACGUGUGACCGGCGAAUGGGUUCUGUGGGUGGAGGCGGUAGCAGCGCCAAAGACACCCGCAGCAGCAGCAGCUAUGGCCGAGAUAGCCGUAGAGGAAGCAGCCGGGACCGGGAACGCUCCUCCUCAUCUUCCUCUUCUCACAGGGAUCGCAGCAGCAGGGACGGAGGACGCAGCUAUGGCUCCAGCUCCAGCUCCAACUCAUACGACCAGUAUCAGAAUAAUAACAACAGCAGCAGCAGUAGUCAGUACAGCAGCUCUAGGGGCAGCUCUGGGUCGGGGGGUGGUGGAGUAGGGCAGGCCCCACCUUCUUCAGCCGGCCCCCAGCCUCUGAUGGCCAAGCAGUUCAACCCUCCCCAGCCCAUGGUGGGCCUGAUGGGGCACUCGCCCUUCCCGUUUGCUCCUCCACAGCCACCCCCUCCAUCAGGCCGAAAGUAAUGUGAUCUGUGCAUCAGUCAAACACGCGCAUGCACACACUCAAAAUCAAGAUAUGGUUUCAUUUAGACUGGUUCCCAGUUUGUUUAUUAGCUGGGCAACACUUUUAGUUUUUGACUUUUUCUUUAUUAAUCAACAUUAUUUAGUGUGACAGAAGCUAGGCUGUGUCAUUUGACUUAAAAUUGGUUCGUACAAACAUGCUGUUUUUGUAUUGUGAACUUCUUUAUGUGAGCGGUCACACAUGGUUUGUGAAGUACUUUCCCCCUUUAGGUGUAUCACAGGUAGGUGCUGAAGUUAAUUCUUGUAUAAAAGCUUGUUUGUGGUUUAGAUUCAAUAUCUUUAUUUUUGUGUUUGUAAGCUACACGAUAAAUUUUAAUUGAUUUAAAAGAAAAUAUGGAGGUCCUGGUGUAGUUUCAGCCCAAUUAAGAAAAAAACUGGUUUUCCAUAAAGGGAUUUUUAGUUUUCCUUCUUUUGAUACAUAGAUAAUUUUGGCUACACAGAGGCAACUCUGGGGCUUUGUGUAUCUAUGGCUGCAGUUAAAGUCACAUAUAAAUUAGACAAGUGUGUUUAUCAAGACUCCACUGUAGAUUAGAUAACCUUCUUCAGAUAAUUACCAGUCUUUGAAGCAGUGAUUGAGAUUUUCCUAGCUAAUACUAAGUCCCAUUUUUACAGUUUAAUAAAGCUCUGUAUUGUA